CCGUGGUCCCCCUGACUGAUCGAUCUUUGGACAGCAGUGGCUACGGGGAGGGGGCCUCUUUUCAAGAUGGAUGGCGAAGAACUCUGAACUCCAGACGAUAAGAGAUUCUCAACAAUGGACAGAGUUUAUGAAAUUCCUGAGGAGCCAAAUGUGGUUCCUAUUUCAUCUCUGGAAGAAGAUGUCAUCCGUGGGCCUAACCCACGCUUUACCUUCCCAUUUAGUAUCCUCUUCUCCACCUUUUUGUACUGUGGGGAGGCUGCGUCUGCUUUGUAUAUGGUUAGAAUUUACCGAAAGAAUAAUGAAACCUUCUGGAUGACAUACACAUUUUCCUUUUUCAUGUUUUCAUCCAUCAUGGUCCAGUUGACCCUCAUUUUUGUCCACAGAGACCUGGCUAAAGAUAGACCACUAUCAUUAUUUAUGCAUCUAAUCCUCUUGGGACCUGUUAUCAGAUGUUUGGAGGCCAUGAUUAAAUACCUUACACUGUGGAAGAAAGAGGGGCAGGAGGAGCCAUAUGUCAGCCUCACCCGAAAGAAGAUGCUAAUAUCUGGCCAGGAGGUGCUGAUAGAAUGGGAGGUGGGCCACUCCAUCCGGACCCUGGCUAUGCACCGCAAUGCCUACAAACGUAUGUCACAGAUUCAAGCCUUCCUGGGCUCAGUGCCCCAGCUGACCUAUCAGCUAUAUGUGACUCUGAUCUCUGCAGAAGUCCCCCCGGGUAGAGCUGUGUUAAUGGCUUUUUCCCUGAUAUCUGUCACCUAUGGGGCUACUCUCUGCAAUAUGUUGGCUAUCCAGAUCAAAUAUGAUGACUACAAGAUUAGACUUGGGCCACUGGAAGUCCUUUGUAUCACCGUCUGGAGGACAUUGGAGAUCACUUCCCGCCUCGUGAUUCUGGUGCUCUUCUCGGCCACCUUGAAGUUGAAGGCUGUGCCCUUCUUAGUGCUCAACUUCUUGAUCAUCCUCUUUGAGCCCUGGGUUAAGUUCUGGAGGAGUGGUGCCCAAAUGCCAAACAAUAUUGAGAAAAACUUCAGCCGAGUCGGCACUCUGGUGGUACUGAUUUCGGUCACCAUCCUCUAUGCUGGCAUCAACUUCUCUUGCUGGUCAGCCAUGCAAUUGAAGUUGGCAGACAGAGACCUUGUUGACAAAGGUCAGAACUGGGGACAUAUGGGACUGCACUACAGUGUGAGGCUGGUAGAGAAUGUGAUCAUGGUCUUGGUUUUUAAGUACUUCGGAGUCAAAGUGUUACUGAAUUAUUGUCAUUCCUUGAUUGCUGUGCAGCUUAUUAUUGCUUAUCUGAUUUCCAUUGGGGUCAUGCUCCUCUUCUUCCAGUACUUGCACCCAUUGCGCUCACUCUUCACCAAUAACGUAGUAGACUACCUCCAUUGUAUCUGCUGCCGCAGACCGCGUCAGGAAAGGGUUGAGAACGCAGAGACAUCCUGUGAAGCUGACACAAGACAAAGUAUUGUCUGAUUUGUUUAUUUUUUUUCUCUUCUGGACAUUAUCGGGUGGGUCUGGGUUGACACGAGCGACUGUGAAACUGAAGGAGUUGGUGAGAUCCCUGUGUGUGUGAGUACUCACAAGAUCGUUUGCUUGACUCUUCUAGUAAACCUAUUGAAAGAAAGAGUGACCUGCAAAGAGGUUUUACUUCUUUAUGAUUGACUGCUAUGUUUGGAUAC